UUUAAGUUUGUGGCUUCCGACAGGCUGACCGCUCGAAGACUCACGAUUCCACAACGAGGAGACCGCGAAGAAAAGGGGGUUCCUUUGUGCAGAUCCCUACCCGUGCUUCGUUAGGGUUGGGAUUUUUGCUGCUUCUCGUUGUCAAUGGCGGAAGGCUGCGGGGUGAAUGCAGCGGUUGCGUAGCUGGAGCAACAGCGGAGCGGCCGAGGUGGGGAGGGGUAAAAAAGUGCUCCUUUUUCCCUUUCCCUCCGUUUUUUCUGUCUUGUUCUUUGUUGUGGUCGGCGAUUAAGAGUAGUGAGGAGGCGAUCCGCCGAAGAGAUGAGCGCGUCGAAGUUCAUAAAGUGCGUCACGGUUGGCGACGGCGCCGUAGGAAAGACCUGCAUGCUUAUAUCCUACACCAGCAACACUUUUCCAACGGACUAUGUUCCAACAGUGUUUGACAAUUUCAGCGCUAACGUAGUUGUGGACGGAAGCACAGUUAACUUAGGGUUGUGGGAUACUGCAGGGCAGGAGGAUUACAACAGAUUGCGACCUUUGAGCUACCGAGGCUCAGAUGUCUUUUUGCUUGCAUUUUCUCUCAUUAGUAAAGCUAGCUAUGAGAACGUUGCUAAAAAGUGGAUACCUGAACUGAGGCACUAUGCACCUGGUGUGCCCAUAAUUCUUGUUGGAACAAAACUUGAUCUUCGAGAUGAUAAACAAUUCUUCAUUGAUCAUCCUGGUGCCUUUCCUAUUAGUACUGCUCAGGGGGAGGAACUGCUGAAGCAAAUAGGAGCCGCUGCGUACAUUGAAUGUAGUUCGAAGACCCAACAAAACGUCAAGGCAGUAUUCGAUCAAGCCAUCAAGGUUGUACUUCAACCACCAAAGAAAAACAAGAAGAAGAGAAAGCAGCAAAGACAUUGCUCCAUUUUGUGAUAAACCGAGUGUGCAGAAAACAUCCAAGAGUCGUUCCACCGAAACUCCGAAUAUUUCCAGUUGUAAUACGGUUGCUAUCUCGGAUUAACAGAUAUUUGGUUUUCACUAGGAUUUCAAAUGAUCUGUAAUGACCUGCCAAGCUUUUUGUGACUUUAGAUGACCAAUUCAUGUCAAUGUUUGGGGAACCUGUUUUCGUUG